AAUUAAAAUAGUGUGUGUAAAGUAGGGCUGUCACGAUAAACCGACGAUAAAUAUCACGUGAUUUAUGCACUUGAGUGAAGUACGGGAAAAUGCUGCUGCAUCCGAAAGCCAGAGGGCGCUCUCGUGCGUACACUCCAAAUACGCACUGCAGAAGAAGACCAUAACACGUUCUAGAAUGUAGGGGUGUUCUGUUCCGGGUUUUUUGGAGUCGACUCCGAUUGUCGACUCCCACUUUUGGAGUCGAUGGAAUCGACACUUUGCCUCCAUUUACUGUCAUUCAAAACGGGCACAGGAAUACGAAUAUAAAAUAAAUGAAUGAACUUCAGCUUGGGAACGUUGGGCUGGCAACCAAUCUCCAAAGUCACUAGCAAAUACACAUGCAUUUGUGCAUCUAACACCAUCACAGAGAGUUUUUUUGUGCUGUCAGACCAGUUACUCCUUUCUGGUCCUAAACUGAUGUGGUUUUUCAUGCUGAAGGUCUGGUAACUUUGGCCGCUUUUAUUGGUCAAGGCCCGCCCAAAAGACAAUAUGACUGACAGGUGAAGCUACCAAUCCAGUAUAGUUUUGUGCUGCGUCAUGUUUAGUGGCGUGGAAAUGUCCCCACAAUACGCCCUUUUCACAUGACGUCACGCAUCUUCCGUUCUGCCGCGAAGCAGUGUAUCUUUACUUCCGCUAGCACUCCAGUUCAUAAGGUGGCGGUAAUGCACCUAUAAGCUGUUUUGCCAACCGCCAGUAAAACUCAAGAAGAAGAAGAAGUUACUUCCGCUAGCGCCUCAGAAUGGAGUUUACCAAGUCCCUUGCACAUCUGCCACAAAUACGUCUAGAUGAUGUACAACGUCUUGCAGAAAAUUUUUCGCUAACGACAAGAUCAAAGCUAGAGAAAGGAUACAAAUUCUUUGUUGAACAGUACCUGUUUGAUUAUGAAGUUCACACAAACAGUGAUUGACACCUUCAGUGAAGCUCCUCCCACAUCAAUCCACCAAUAAAUACCAGAAACCAACAAGCAGAAGAAUCACUUCAGGUGUCAGAACUGAGAUCUUCAGACUGUUGUUGGAGUUGCUGGAAGAGAAGCUUGAGAACACGAGAGAUCCAGAACUACACAGAACACAAACUGAGGGACUAAAGAACACAGAGAUAUGAUGGAAGUGAAUAAGGACUGUCAAGAUGAAGUAAAAGAUGCUGAUGAGAAACAUCAGUGUGCACAAAAAUCCCAGAAUGUUUCACCAAACGGAGCUCUGAGAACAGGAGAUAAAAAACUUGGAAAGAGAUCCCCAAUAACCGGACACAUGAGAACUCACACCGCAGAGAAACCAUUCACAUGUCAUCAGUGUGGAAAGAGUUGGACAAGAGCAAGUUACUUUAAGAUACACAUGAGAAUUCACACCGGAGAGAAACCCUUCACAUGCAUUGAGUGUGGAAAGAGUUUUACAACUACAAGUUACCUUAAGAGACACAUGAGAAUUCACACCGGAGAGAAACCGUUCACGUGCAAACAGUGUGGAAAGAGUUUGACAAGAGCAAGUCACUUUAAGAUACACAUGAGAAUUCACACCGGAGAGAAACCGUUCAAGUGUCAUCACUGUGAAAAGUGUUUUUCAGACCCAGGUCACUUUAAGAUACACAUGAGAAUUCACACCGGGGAGAAACCAUUCAUGUGUCAACAGUGUGGAAAGAGUUUUACACAAUCAGGAAGCCUCAAGUUUCACAUGAGAAUUCACACUGGAGAGAAACCUCACGCAUGUCUACAGUGUGGAAAGAUUUUUACAAACACAAGUCACCUUAAGAGACACAAGAGAAUUCACACCGGAGAGAAACCUCACGUAUGUCAACAGUGUGGAAAGACUUUUACACAAACAGGAAACCUUAAAACACACAUGAGAAUUCACACCGGAGAGAAACCUCACGCAUGCCUACAGUGUGGAAAGAGUUUUAAACGUAUAAGUCACCUUAAGACACACAUGAGAAUUCACACUGGCGAGAAACCUCACGCAUGUCUACAGUGUGGAAAGACUUUUACAAACACAAGUCACCUUAAAGAACACAUGAGGAUUCACACUGGAGAGAAACCUCACAAAUGUCUACAGUGUGAAAAGAGUUUUACUUCUGGUGGUCCUCUAAAGAUUCACAUGAGAAUUCACACCGGAGAGAAACCUUACGCAUGUCUACAGUGUGGAAAGACUUUUACAAACACAAGUCACCUUACAGAACACAUGAGAAUUCACACCGGAGAGAAACCUCACGCAUGUCUUCAGUGUGGAAAGACUUUUACAAAUACGAGUCACCUUAAGAGACACAUGAGAAUUCACACUGGAGAGAAACCUCACAAAUGUCUACAGUGUGAAAAGAGUUUUACUUCUGGUGGUCCUCUAAAGAGUCACAUGAGAAUUCACACCGGAGAGAAACCUCACGCAUGUCUUCAGUGUGGAAAGACUUUUACAAAUACGAGUCACCUUAAGAGACACAUGAGAAUUCACACUGGAGAGAAACCGUUCAAACCUUACGCAUGCCUUGAGUGUGGAAAGACUUUCAGAUGUGAUAGUUUACUUACGGUACACAUGAGAGUUCACACCGGAGAGAAACCGUUCACAUGCUGUGAGUGUGGAAAGAGUUUUACAGCCUCAAGUAACUUCAAUAAACACAUGAGAAUUCACACUAGAGCGGAACCCUUCAAUGGAUCAGUGCAGUAAAGGUUUGUCUAGAGAUACCUGUGAGAGGACGUGCAAAUGUAAAGUCUUGCUUGUGUAGUGUUUGUGGAAAGAGUUUCUCACGACAGACCUGUUUCAAAGCUCAUGAGAAACUAAAUGUUUCCAUUGAAGGCCGAUGUCGACCAAGAACGGUCCAGUUGUAGUCACAACAUCAGUGCCAUCAAUGUGUGGAAUUGUUUCUAGAUCACCAUCGAUCGGCCGCUAGAGCCGGUGUUGUGGUAAAAUUAUUGGUCUUGUAGUUCAAAUAAAUCUU